GGGCGGCGGCGAGGCGAGGGCGAGCUGGGUCAAGCAGAGUGCAAAGCGAAACUGGUGGUAGAUCGGCAGCAACGUCGAACAGGCCUUCGACCAGCGAAACAACAACGACUAUAAGUGGUCCUGGUCGCAAAAGAGUUUUUGACAAAGCACGAGAUCGACUUAAAAGACGCCUCUCUACCACCAAUACAUCUUCAAAUCAACUGCCGAUUUUACCGAGCGACAUCACCUUCGAGAUCUGCACAUCCUCGUCGUCCUCUUCGUCACCACCGCCUCUUGCAGCAACGCCAUUAACGACUACCACGACGACGAUGACGAUGACGACGACGAGGUCCGAACAAGAUAAUGUUUCUGAGUCAACAACGGGUGCGUACAUCAAGGCUGAAAGAGUAGUCAGCGGCGUACAUUUUCUCACCGAUCGUGAUGAAGAUAGAGCCGAAUUAUUACUACCGAAAUCAGAAUCGGUUGACAGCGAACCGGAAGUCAGAAAGCAGCUGCUGGAAUACCUCAUUCAAAACGACGGUUCCGUAGUCUGCAAGUGGUGCGGCGAGGUGCUACCGUCUCGAACCCGUUGGUACAGGCAUAAGUACAAGCUACACGUCUCCACCCAGGUCACUCAGCCAGCACCGUUGUUUAAGUGCCACAGCUGUAACGCCUACUUCAAAUCGCGGAAGGGCUACAUUGGUCAUCUGAGCGCGAGACACUCCGAUAACGAGAACGACGAGAAUAGAGAGGAACCGAGUAACAAGAAAUCCAGAAAAACAUCAGAUAUUGGUAAAGGUCCUGAUUGGGAACAACAAAGAGAAAAGGAAGAGAAAUUGGUGGCCGACAUCAUAGAUCGAGUAAAACGAGAAUGCGAGGCCCAGGGUGAGACCGUGACGAGGAGAGGUUAUUCGAGACGAUCUACGGUUAUGAAUAGCUAAGGUCAAGCCCUUCGUCCAUUGGUUGUCUUCUUCCUAUGAUUUGGUUCAGAAGACUCCUGUAUAAAGAAUAUCAAAGAAUCCUAUUUGAUUGAGUUCAUUUGGCUCUUCUCAACAGAUAAACACAAACACACAUAACACACACACACACACACAUACGUAUACACGCAUAGACGUACUCAAAAUUUUCGAUUACUUAGAGGAACUCGGUAACUCUGAUAAGAUUAAUAUUUUUCGUCGAUUUUUCUUGUUAUCCUCAAGAGAGCCUUUUUCUUGCCAUUCGCAUUCUUGUAUUGUCAUUCUCUACCAAUUAAGAGAAACUAUUUCCUGUGUAAACAGGAAAGAGGUACUGGAUACUGUUCUAAAAGGAAGUACUCGCGCUUGACUAACAUUCGAUACGAUCUACAAUGCGCUUGAUCGAUAAAAAGAAAAAGAAGUAAUAACGAAAAAAGAACAAAAAAAUAAUAAAUGAGACAUUUGCCGAUUCGUCCGUAAAAAAAAAGAAAAAGAAUAGAGAGAGAGAGAGAGACAUUCAGUGCCAAAUAUGUAUCUUCCCGGACGUAGGACGUCUCAUUUUGUAAACUAUUAUUAUAAUUACGAUUAUUAUUAUUAAUUAUCAUCAUCAUCAUCAUCAUCAUCAUCAUCAUUAUCAUUAUUUUUAUUAUUAUUAUUAUUUUUUUUUUAUUAUUAUUUUUAUUAUUAUUAUUAUUAUUAUUAUUAUUAUUAUUAUUAUUAUUAUUAUUAUUAUUAUUAUUAUUAUUAUUAUUAGCGUCAUUAUCAUUACACAAAUAGCCUGUGGCUGGCCAAUAGCAAUGCGUGCGAUGAUCACGAUGCGUUCGAGAUAUAUUUUCCUUUUCUUUUUCAUUAUCUCAAUCGAUACGUAUCGUAGUAAAAUCCGUAUGAAACGAUGUAAAUAGGGUAUAAUAGUUGGAGAUCAAAAAUGAUUGUCUUUUUUCCUAAUACAGAAACUCGGUCGUCUCACUGUACGAUCUAUGAUCUACGUAUUGAAUAAUCGAUAAAUACGACCGACUCGUAUGUACAAUGUAUGUACAUACGUAUGUAUAUACGUGAAUAUGCGACGCUACCUGAAAAAUGAAAAAGAAAAAACGUUUAAUCGUAUGUAUAUUCGCUCAAUUAGGACGAACACACGAUACGUACAUAUAUAUGUAUCAAGGCCGAUCGUUCCUCUUGCUCCGUCUGCACAGUUUUUCUUCGCACUAUAAUACGACGCGAUCUCUCUCUAUUAUAAUUAUAUAACUAAACGCGAGUAUGCUCGUCGUCUUCGAGUAUACUAUACAAAUAAUAUCGUGAAAUUCAUGAUCGAGUACAAAGUACACUACAUUUUCUCUUGCAUGCGAGCAUCUAUGGAUCUCAAACGUAAAUAAGAAUUUUUAAUCCAGAACCAGGAUUGUCAGUUAGUAAUAUUGUCUUUAAACGGGGAAAAAAAAUUUUCGAGAAUUAUCUUCUUUUUUUAUUAUUUUAUUAUUUUUUUUUUUAUUUUUUUUGCUGAUCGAGGCCUAAAAACGAGUCAAACGAUACGUCAAAACGCAAUACGAUCUCCGAAUUAACUUAUUCAGUUAUUUACUUCCUGACAAUCUGGAUGGAACGAUCGGAUCUCGCAAAUAGUUUCGCUAGAAGGAAAGAUAGGUAGCUAAUUAGAUAUACUUGUGGUUGCGCGAAUAUACGAAUAAAAAAAAAGAAAACGAUCGAGAAAAAAGGAACAAAAGAACGCGCGAUAAAUCACUAGGAAAAUCGCAUUACUGGCAGAUUUUAAAGGGCGUUAAAGAUGAUGGGAAAAAAAGAAAGCAAAAAAAAUGAAAGCUAAAACUUUUCCUGUAUAUUUCCGGGGAAGUCUGUCCAUUUUUUGAACAUUCUCGAAAGUAUUUUAAUGUUUAUUACUACUAUCGUGCGCGUGUUUAUUCGAUGCAACGAGGGAUAAAUUGAGUUUUAAAAAGUGUAUACAGUUUUUCGGAUUCUUCCGUGCGCAUGCGUGUGUGCGAACUAGAUGGUAAGUUUGGUGCUAAUAUGUCGAAUGCGGUAGUUACUUCUUUCCGUUACACAUCCCACCGUGAUAUGCAUUUUUCUAUAUUGAUGCAUCGGCUGCAAAUAUUUUAAGAUAGAGAAAAAGAAAAGAAAAGAAAAAGAAAAGACAACGCAGCAAGAUAGUACGAUUCCUAAGAAAUUAAAUUUAACGCAAGAACGUACGCGGAUCAAUGGCAACUCACGCGUUAAGUCGAGGAUGUGUAACUACAUCGUUCCACCUUUCCUAACCAUUGAUAUAACAUACAUGGUCGUCUUUCAUCCUCCUCCCUCGUUAAUUUUAUACGCAUCCGAUGUGAACUUUGACGGUCGUUUCGCUCGUAAUCAUAUCAAGACACGAACGUUUGAAUUCCCGAUAAAUGAGCAAAGUAUUAUUGCGAAGAAAGAGAGAAACAGAGAGAAAGAGUCUGUAGAAUGUAAGGUGGGACAAUUCAAACUGAAACGAAGACUGAUACGCGCUGGUCGCGUUGUUAAUUAAAAGAUAAAAAGUAGAAAAGAAAAAGAGAGAGAAAAAGAAGCAAGCAAAAUAUCUUCGUAUGAUCUUGACUCGUCCCUCUUUAUAUCAGCUCGUAAUAAAAUAAAAGAAAAUGCUUCCGAUUUAAGCGAACUUUGCCGCCUUUCGUGCCAAUAGAUAUUAUUUUAGCUUUCCGACAGAAGGACUCGCGCUUUUCCCUCCGUAUAAAAUGGAUUCGAUAAUCGUCCACGACGAGAGAUUAAUACGAUUCUUCCUCAGGGAGACGUUCCUUCGUUUGAUAAAUCGUCUUCCGAAUGAUUAGAUUAUUCUGUAAAUAUAACUAGAGACCUGUGCGUGUAAUUGAUUACAUCCCCAGAUUAAUAUUUUAUCGAAUAGUCUUCCUUCGAAUAAUUAUACCUCCAACGCUUAUUCGUCCUUAUCGUUACGCUAAAAAAUUUAUUAUAGUUUAAAUUAUGCGCUCCAACUUAUUUCGUUCGUUGAUCGAUACGUCAGAAAUAAUCGUCCUUUUAGCUCGUUCCAAAAAAGAAUUUUCUUAAGGGAGGAAGAGGAAAAACUGCCUCGCACGACGUAUUUCAAUCUUCCGUAAAUGAAUUUUAAGUGUUAUUAAUUGUAAGAAUGUAAGGCUGAUCCUCUCCUACACGGAGUAUCGACGAUUCGAGAUGAGAGUAUUUCGAGGAGAUAAAUUAUUUAUUUGUUUACGAUAAAUCGAGAAAGAGAGAGAGAGAGAGAGAGAGAGAGAGAGAGAGAGAGAGAGAGAGAGUAAAAACUCGCUCUUGAUUUUGAAUGGAUUUUAACCGACUCGGAGGACUAUCGGUGCAAAAUCCGACGAUGACUUCAAAGAGUCAUCCAAGCGCACGAGCUUCGUCAGCGAGUAUCCCUGUAACUAAACAUAGAAGACGAUAUAUCCGUUAGAUAUAUUGUAAGAAAUAGUAAAUAAUAUUAUAUAACGAUAUCGUACGGAUAAAUCGCUAAAUGUUUUCUUUCUAUGGAUACUCACCGUACGAUGUGAUAUAAUAUUGCGAUAGAUAAACGUAAUACUUAUCGAUUGCGCUGAUCAUUAGCAGUAACUAACGUUACGACUAACGACUACAAGCGUAUUGUGCAUUAUGUGUCGGGAAAGAAAUAAAAUCAAAAUGAACCGAUCGA